UAUGAAGUGUGGGAAGAGGCCAAAGAUCAUUAUGGUUCCAUAUCCAGCGCAGGGGCACGUUACUCCCAUGCUGAAGCUGGCAUCUGCCUUCCACAGCCAUGGAUUCGAGAUCAUCAUGAUCACCCCGGAGCACAUUCACCGUCAGAUUGUGGCACGUGUGGAGCCCAAGGACCAGAUUGUUUGCUUGCCAAUACCAGAUGGGUUGGACAGAGACACUCCGCGUGAUUUCUUUGCCAUUGAGAUGGCCAUGGAGAACAACAUGCCUGCUGUUUUGGAAGCCAUGGUAGAUAAGCUUGAUGAGGAUGGUGGGGUUGUAUGUAUGGUGGUUGACUUGUUGGCAUCAUGGGCCAUUCAAGUAGCCAACCGGUGCAGGGUCCCCGCUGCCGGGUUUUGGCCUGCAAUGCUCGCCACGUACCGAUUGAUCGCAGCCAUACCCGACAUGGUUCGCAAUGGUCUUAUUUCUGAUACAGGAAUUCCCCAACAUCUUGGUAAAGUUUGCUUACCCAAUCAACCAAUGGUAUCAACCGAAGAUCUACCAUGGCUGAUUGGAAGUCUUGCAGCAAGAAAAGCAAGAUUUAAGUUUUGGACAAGAACAUUGGACCGAUCAAGGACUCUUAGAUGGCUCCUUGUGAAUUCCUUUCCUGAUGAAUACAUUGAUGGAAAACGAAAUGAUCAGUUGGUCAACAAUAUUUCUGAAGAUUAUCCACUUGUUUUCCCUAUUGGACCUUUGAGUAAGCAUGCAAUGACUAAGAACCCUAGUUUCUGGGAAGAAGAUACAAGUUGCUUAGAUUGGCUGGACAAGCAGAAGUCUAACUCAGUUGUUUACAUCUCAUUCGGAAGCUGGGUCAACCCUAUUGGAGACGAAAAAGUGAAAAAUUUGGCGUCGGCGUUGGAGGAAUCUGGACGGCCGUUCAUAUGGGUGCUACAGUCUGCUUGGCGUGAAGGGUUACCGAUUGGAUACUUGGAGAGGUUGAAGAUGCAAGGAAAGGUAGUUUCAUGGGCUCCACAAAUGGAAGUGUUGCAGUACAAGGCUGUGGGAUGCUACCUCACACACUGUGGGUGGAAUUCAACAAUGGAGGCUAUACAAUGCCAGAGGCCUCUUUUGUGCUGUCCGGUGGCAGGGGACCAGUUCAUAAAUGACAAGUACAUUGUCGAGGUAUGGAGAAUAGGGGUGAAGCUCAAUGGAUUUGGACAAAAAGAUUUUGAGGAAGGGUUGAGAAAAGUGAUGGAGGAUGGUGAGAUGAAGAACAGGCUAAGAAGGCUAUAUGAGAGAACAAUGGGGGAGGAGGCUAAUUUAGGAGCAAUUUCUAAUCUUGCAACCUUCAUUGAUGAUCUCAAGAUAAUCACACUUGAGACUGAUCCCAUUAAAUCUGUUCAUGAUUUUAAUUUAUAGUUUUCAAUGGUAAUUUUUUUUUUUUUGGUAAAAUGUUGACAAUUUUCGAAAAUCAGCAUGAUCAAUUACCAUGACAAAUAAUCUUGAUAAGAGGUUGUGUUCUAAUUUUUUUGUCACUGCCCAAAAAAAAGGGUUAUAGUGGCGGUCAAAAUAAACGAUGUAAAAACAAUUUAUAUCGCUGAUAUAGUUGUAUGCUUUGUAGU